CACAUAUCAAAUCUGCAUGUUUCUGCAGCUCUCAUCAUGUCUAUAUCAAUGCCCCAUCCUCCCCUCCAAGAACAUUCUUUUCUCACCAUCAUUCACACAUCAGCAUCUACAUUCCUACAACCUUAUCUACUGUCACCCACAAAGCCUAUCAAACAACACAUAAGCUUACCUUUAUCCGGUCGAGAACAAAUACAAUACACCACUCGCUUCUCCUUUACUAUCCCGACUUACACGCUGGUAUCGACUUACAACGCAAUACACAUCAACCAACAAUAUGCCUUACAAUUACACCAUCAGGCCCGAAGAUGCCUUCGGCUCCGAUUCGCCCUGUAACUUGGAUACUUGCCCUGUUGAGUGGAGUAUCUACAGCUACCGACCUUCUCUUGCUGCCAACAUUGUCUUCGUCGUUCUCUUCAGUCUCAUUGGUCUUGUCCACGCAUAUCUUGGCUUCCGAUGGAAGAGUUGGGGUUUCAUGACUGGUAUGCUUCUUGGCUGCAUCUCUGAGAUUGUUGGCUAUGUCGGUCGUAUCAUGAUGUGGUACAACCCCUUCUCCUUCAACGCUUUCAUGAUCCAGAUUGUCUGCCUCACGAUCGCUCCCGUCUUCUAUACCGCUUCCAUCUAUGUCACCCUCUCCAAGACAAUCAACUUCUUCGGCCCCGAGCUCUCUCGCUUCAAGCCCGCAUUGUUCUACUGGGUCUUCAUCCCCUUCGAUAUCGUCUGCCUCAUCCUCCAGGCUGCUGGUGGUGCCAUGUCUACCGAGUCUGAUAGCAACGUUGGUGUUGAUGUCUCUAUGGCCGGUCUUGUCCUCCAGGUUGUCGUCCUGGUCGUCUUCAUCGCCGCCUUCUCUGAUUACAUGAUUCGAUACUGGCGAUCUGGUCAUGCCAAGGCUUUCGGCUGGCGUGAGACUGCCUUCUUCGCUGGUCUCUCUACUGCCAUCAUCCUUGUCCUCACUCGAUGCAUCUAUCGUGUUGCUGAGCUCCGUGAGGGUUAUGAUGGUGAUCUGAUCAAGCACGAGGUCCCCUUCAUCAUCCUUGAGGGCAUCGUCAUCGUUCUUGCUGCUGUGGCUCUCUGCUUCGGUCACCCUGGUCUUGUCUUCAACAAGCCUCAAGUCACCACUUCUGUCUCUCAGGUUGAGAAGGGUGUUGUUUCCGGCUCUGAAAGCAACAACUAAGCGUUCAGUCACUCGUAUCUCAAAAAUCUGGGGCUUCUGGUCCAGGACCUUUGAAGAUGUUUUCUUUUGUUAAGCGGAUAGCGAUGUGGUUGUCACUUUGAUUUUGAUUCCCCCUUGUUUGCGUUUGGGCUUGAUAGAAUUGGGAUAUUGGAUACCUUGUAGCUCUGGCGAUAUGAGGACUUGCUAUCGAGCUUUAGAUGAGUUGUUGAACGAUUUCAGAAUGUGAUAGAUGGACUGCAUAUGCCAUAUGAUUAGAAAAUUUGGAAUAGAAAUACCUUGAACAAUCUUUUGUUUUCCAUCCGUCCGCAACCCAGGAAAUGAAUGAGAGCAGCGCUAUGUCUCAUUCCUUCUCGCUG